AUGUGGGGUGGGGGGUGGGGGAAUCCCCACUUACCCCCCAUCAUCAGCGGGGGCGGCGAUUUUUCCCAAGGUGGGGGGGUGGACCUGGCCAAGGGGGGUUGGUUUGUGGAUGGGGGCCCCAGGGACGGCAGGGGGGGCAAAGGGGGGGAAGGGGGGGGGGGGAGGUGGGGGGACGGGGGGGGGGGGGUGGGGGGGGGGGAUAUUUUUGUCGGGGGUGGGGGGGGGGUUUUACUAAUGGGGGGCCCCAGGGGGGGCUUGUGUCCCUUUUAUGGGGUGGUGUUUAUUUUCCAUCAACACCCCUGGGGGGGAGGGCUCACAGGGGGGGUGGGUGGGGGUGGUGGGGGGGGGGGGGGGGGGGGGGGGGGCCAAAUGGGGGGGGGGGGGGGGGAGGUUGGGGGGGUGGGGGGGGGGGGGGGGGGGGGGGGGUGGGUGUGGGUGUGGGGAAAAACAUAA